CACAUCCCCUAAUUAUCUCAACAUACUUUAUAAUAUCUCGAGCAUAUCUUUUGACAUCUGGUCAUAAUUUCAAAAUUAACCCUUUCUUAAUCUUAAGUUACUAAUACAAUGCACCCUCAAAACUUCAACCAACCACGAACCCUAGAGAUCAACGUGAUCUCGGCCGAGAAUUUAACGAUCCAUGACCGUCCGAUCAAGAAAAACGCGAUCGCCUACGUCCAAACGGACCCAUCUAACGUCGUAUCAACCAAGAUUGACAAAGAAGGUGGAAGUUUUCCAAUAUGGAAUGAAAAUUUUGACCUAAAACUUCCCAUGCAUGUAAGAAAUAUGGUUGUUCAAGUGUCAAGUAAUGGUGUACUAAUCGGUUCGGCUACGAUUCCGGUGUCGGAUUUUAUCGGAGAUUAUACGCCGGUGUCGUAUUUGCAUUUUUUGAGUUAUCGAUUGAGGGAUCAACGUGGAAUUGGUAAUGGUAUUGUUAAUCUUUCUGUUAGGGUUAAGGAUGAUUAUUUUAUGUGAUUUUUGAAAGAGUCUAAGAUUAGGGUUUUUUUUAAGGUGAAAAAGUCAUAACAAAAAUCCUAAUACAUAUGGUUUUGAUUUUUU